UUCCAAUAUGGCUCCCCAGCAACGCUCUUAGUUACCCGUUGAUGACAAACAUUGCGGGGGAUAUGCCUCGUGGGGUGGUGUACCUGUUACUUGAGGACGUUUGAGCAAGAAAAUAACACUAUGCUUUGCCACAGCUCCCAUCUAACAACUCCGUUUGGUCAUAUUUGACAGCAGAAGCAAAAUAUGACACUGAUUGAAAAGCAACGACAAAUUGGAGACGAAGAAGUCAUCAAAGAAUUGUGCUCUGCGAAUGGAUUGUCAUGUGAGAAAGUAUGUCAAGAUGGAAGUGGUAUUUCAUCGUUGGAGGUGUUCUUCUCGGGGUACCCACGUAUGGUUGGUCUCUCCUUCUUUCCCCGACUCUCCAAACUCGUCAUCAUGGGCCAGAGUGUGACCCAUAUUCAGGGAUUGGAGCACUGCCCUCUGCUUAAAGAACUUUGGGUCGCAGAAUGCCAGUUGAAGGAAAUUUCCAGAUUGCAUAACUGCCUUCAGCUUCAAAAGUUGUAUCUGUAUGACAAUCGCAUUAGUGAAAUUGCAAAUCUGGAACUACUUGUAAACCUUGAAGUUUUGUGGCUCAACAGCAACCUCAUCACCAAGAUAGAGGGACUGGAAACACUUGAAAAACUGAAGGAACUGAACCUCGCAGAAAAUGCCAUAGAAAGGAUCGGACACAGUCUGGAUCCCAACAUCAAUCUACAAAACCUCAACCUCUCAGGAAACCAAAUCAGCUCAUUUAAGGAGCUGACCCCCCUGGCAGCACUGGGCCAGCUGAAGGAGUUGGGCCUGCAGGACCCCCAGUCUGGGCCCAACCCUGUGUGUCUGCUGUACAACUACGCCACUCACCUGCUCUACCACCUACCUCAGCUGCAGCGCCUGGACACACACCGCAUCUCCAGCAAGCAGAUCAAGGAUACAGCAGAGUCCACCGUGUUGAAGAAGAUGAUGUACUACAGCAUGCGCGUGCGCUUAGUCCAGAGGCAGCUGGACGAGACUCAAGCCAGACUGCUGGAGCAGAGAAAUGGUCGCCUGCAGCUGCCCUGGGACAGAAUCCACAUGCUCACCUGCACCCUGAAGACGCUGGAGCUGGAGCUCUCUGAGAUGCAGGCCACUGGCAGGAGAUCAGCCCGCACCUGGGAGGAGGUGGCGUCUCCCGCAACUGAAGGCUCCGGAGACCCCAGCGACACGCUGUCCGAACUAAGCCGUGACCCGGGCCAGGAGCAGAGGCUGCUGGGUAAACUGGACGCCAUCAGGGAGAGGCUGCGCCUCUGGAACCAGAGAAUGGAAGAAGUAGAGGCACAGCACAGGCGAGAGGUGAAGCUGGCUACAGACAGGAAGGAGAUGACGGAGCACUUUCUGGUGCUUGAGCUGGAGACAGUGGGCAACAUCCGCUUUGAGGAGGGCAGCACCAGCGACACCUGGUUUACUUCCUGUUAUGACCUGCUGCUGUCCCGUUUCUGUGCAUGGGACUAUUCCAAAUAUGACGUCACUGGCAUCAAAGUCAAGCACAUCAUCCGGGUCCAUAACCGCGCUCUGCGGCUGCGCUUCGAGAACAAACUCCACAGCCUGCUGGCCAGUAAAGACUCCCAGCUCUUCUCACAGAACUAUAAGCGGGGGCUGGAUUACCUGUUCUAUGUGCCUGAUCCGGAACAUGCUCCAGAGGAAAAUGAAAUUCUGCACAUCUUAGAAAAUGGCUUUAAAACUGCUGAUCACUACAAGACGUUAGGAAGAGAGCGAGCAGUGCCGCUGUCCAACAGUCUAAGUGGUUGCGAACACCUACGAAUGAAUGCUAUCCGGAGGCAGAGCACCAAGAGUGCACAGGAGCUGCACCCAGACCCCUUACCUUUCAAAAACGGUCAGCUCAUCAUCUCAAAGGUGUUUCUGGGCCGUAGUGUGGCGCUUAAGGAAGGAGUACCUGUAGACCCCACCAACUAUCCCAAAGCCCAUUCCAUACGCAGCGUCAGCCAGAACCACCAGAGCUCAUACAAGACUGCACCUGCAGCAGAAAUUCAGUGCUCUCUCAAAGGCUCGUGCUGUGAUUGUCUUCAGCGUCAGACGCAGUGGUUUGUGUUUGAUCAUGAGCUGGUGCUGCCAGAGUACCUCGUCCACUUUGAGUACAUCACGCAGGAAGGGGUUCAGCAUCCAUCACCAAAUGAUGGUGACCUUGACCCUGCCGGUGAUCCAAAAUUGACCUCCAAUGACUUGGCUCGAGAUGAUGAGGUGCUGGCUAUGGAACCCAUACUGAAGCCCCGAGCAAAGCUCCUGAGCCUGGAUGAAAAGACCCUCCUGAACGUGGCCAGAGCCAACGUGCUCAGCCAGAUCACUGUGCUGAAUCUCCAUGGUAAUCGCCUGAGUAAACUAAAGGAGAUCUCUCGUCUGACGGCCCUCCGCCACCUGACCAUCAGUUUCAAUGAGCUCACACAGUUGGAUGACAUCUCACACCUGCCUAACCUGGAGAAUGUGGACGCCAGCUUUAACCACAUCUCCACUCUAGAGGGUUUAAGGGGCCUGCCGCGUCUCAAGCAGCUGGACCUGGCCUGGAACCAGCUGAGCUACGCCCGCGAAGAGACCGCCGUCCUGCGCAAGCACGCCCCUGCCCUCCUGCAGCUGGACACGCGCCACAACCCCUGGCACAAGUGUGAGUCGAUACGGAUGCUGGUGUUGGGCCGACUCAGGAGCCUCACUCACCUGGACGACGUCCUCAUCACGGAGGAGGAGGCAGCCGCAGCGGUCCAGGUCGCCAUGGGCUCCAGGAUCAACCAGGCCUGCCUGUUGGCUCAUGCCCGCACAGACGCUGAGCGACCGCGUAGCCUCAGCUUGCUCUCGGCAGCUCAGCUUCUCACUCACCUGAAACCCUCGCCCUUUGACCCUCGCUAUGACCUGCAACCUGGUUGGACCAGCAAGAUCACUGCCCUGAAUCUGGAUGGCCAGGGCCUGACACGCCUCUCUAACCUGGACAAGCUGGUGAACCUGCGCUGGGCCUCGUUCAACAACAACGAGCUGAGCCGUGUGGAGGGCCUGGACAACUGCAGCCUGCUGGAAGAGCUGUCUCUAGAUAACAACUGCCUCUGCAAGCUGGAUGGUAUCUCCCAGCUCCACCGCCUCACUCGUCUCAGUGUGAGUGGGAACCAGCUGACCGCGCUGGAUGGCUCCAUCCUCGACCGCCUCCCCAACCUUCACUUCCUGUCCGCAGAGAACAAUGCCCUUCACUCCCUGUAUGGAAUUCAGAGGGCACGCUUACUCUUUGAGCUGUAUUUGGGCAACAAUAAAAUUUCCACCACCAGGGAUAUCUAUAACCUCAAGGUGCUGACAAACCUGAUUAUCCUGGACCUGUAUGGGAACCCGCUGCUGGAGAAGCUGGAGAGCUACCGCAUCUAUGUGGUGUUCCAUCUACCUUCCCUCAAAGCCUUGAAUGGGGUGGCUGUGGAAGUGUCUGAGUGUGACAAUGCCAAGGAUACAUUUGGCGGGAGACUGACACCAGAUAUGGUAGCAGAGAAGCUUGGCCAUUCCAACUACAAAGAAAUUACAGAGCUGAAUAUGCAGUCCUGUUCCGUCAGGGUGGUGGAUCUAGCUCCCCCUGACCUGUUCCAGAAUCUUCACAGCAUCAAUCUAGAGCACAACAAUCUUACCUCAUUCAGUGGCCUUAUCUUCCUACCCAAAGUCAAGGCUCUUUGCCUGAACCACAACCACAUUGAAUCCAUCUUACCUCGCCAGAAGAUGCCUAUACAAAUGAGCAAUAGACAGAUUCUUUACCAUAAGGUCAGCUCUAGUGGAUACGGGCAACAAGGCUCCAACAAGGCCAAUCGGGAUUGGGAUCCAGGAGACAGUGCCGAACCGCUGAUGUCCAGUCUGGAGGUUCUCCAUCUGAGUCACAAUGGCAUCACAAAUUUGGCCAAUUUACAGUUGAGCAGGCUGACCAAUCUGAAAGCUCUCUUUCUGCAAGGAAAUGACAUCAGUCAGGUGGAGGGGCUGGAGGGCUUGUACACCCUGCGUGAGUUGGUUCUGGACCAGAACCGGAUCAGAGUUCUGAAUGAGAACUCGUUCUGCUCACAGACAUCCCUCUUGGAGCUGCACAUGUCUGAGAACCGACUGCGCGAGCUCACUCACCUGCAGCCACUGCCACAGCUGCGCCGGCUCUUCCUCAGUAUGAACAAGCUGGAGGAGCUGACUGAACUAGAGAAAUUGGAGGUUCUACCAUCCCUAAUAGAGCUUUCGGUAGUUGGAAACCCAGUGGCACGGCGCUCCCUCCACAGGCCAGGAGUGGUAUUGCGCCUCUCCAGACUGCAGGUGCUGGAUGGACUCAUGGUCACACUAGAGGAGCGAACCAGGGCUGAGCUGCUAAGCACAGACACACAGUAUUCUGCUAUGGACAUGACCCUCCCUACUCUGUUGCCAUACAUCUCCCGGGCAACUACAGUGAGAGGUGGUGCUACCGGAACACUGCUGGGGCAGGAGAUUCUCUUGGACAGUGCACACUCACACACGUGUAAGAAACAGAAACAAGGUCGUGGAGGUCAGCCUGAAGUUGUGCAUGCAGUCAGAGGCGCGGGCAGCCUACUGCCCAGCACUCACAAAAUCCUCCUCACAUACCCUGAUGAAGAGAAUAGGUUCCAGAGCAACAAUGGGCCAAAACCUCCACACAUGUAGAAGUGCAGAGGAGGCACACAAACAUGUUCUCCUUCUUUUUAUGUUUCUUGACCGUCACAUACAGAAUGCAGUGAAUAUGAAUCCAUGGUGAAAAUAUAUAUACAUUGUUAUAUUUAUAUGUUGUUUACUGUCUUUUGGUUCAUGUCAAUAUGAAUAUUGUGGGGGGUAACAUAUUAUUUUUGACAACAAUAUGUGUUAAAUGUAUCAUACAAUAAAAAAAAAUAUGUGUCCAUAAA